AAUAGUUAUAUAGGUUCAACAACAUCAAUGGAUCAAGAAGAGGCAGCGAUAUAUGGAUGCAGCGGAUCUAAUGAUCCAAGUGGGCAUUGCUUCUCACAUGAACAGCGUGAGGUGUUGCAUUAUGUGUUGGUGGCAGGCUCAUGCCUAACACUGAUAGGCACGGGAUUCAUUCUCUUGACAUUCUUGUUCAAACAUUACAAGUCCGAUGCAGAGGGCAGACAACAACAGAAUGAAGACGGUGCCAAAAUGAUCUUCUUCAUCACACUGCCUGGCUUCCUCGGUGCCUUCUUCUGGUUCCCCUGGGAGUCCAAGAGUCACAGCAUCUACUGCAUCAUCCAAGCCACUGGAAUCCAAUUCUUUGAGAUCAGUUCACAAGUCUGGUCAGCGUGCAUCGUCGUAGUCUUUCUCAAAGUGUUGAGUAUGUUGUGUGUCAGUGCUGGAGAUAAGAUGGCAUGGUUCCAUUUGAUAAGUUGGGGCGUACCUUUGGCAUCAGUUUUACCAUUCCUCGCACUAAAGUUGUUUGGACCAACACCUGGACCAUGGUGCUGGAUCAUGUCGCCAGGCCUGCGGCUCAUCGUCUACGGACUGGGCUGCAUCAUUGUAAUAUUCAACGUGACGAUCUAUGUGUACCUGCGCUACAAACUGCGCCACAACGAGGAGUACAGCGUGAUCACACGUCGCUUCUUUGGCUUCAUCCUGGCGUCGGUCAUCUGUCAGUUGCCCUCACUGGUCAACCGCAUUCAGAACUAUCUGGAUCCGACCAAUCCGAUCUUUGCGCUCUAUCUCAUGCAGACGAUACUGCAACCGACGCAGGGCUUUGUCAACGCACUGAUAUACGGCAUUGUGGACGAGUACUUCUGGUCCUCAUUUUACGACCAGUUCUGCUGUCUGUGCAUCAAGAAGAAGACGGACGACCUCGUUGGCAUCAAUCACUCCAGUCCCGAGCAAGACAGGUUGAUCAUCGACUAUGAGUACGGCGAGUCACAUCAAUACAAC